CCUGCUGGGUGUCGUGGCUCCUGCUGGGUCGUGGCUGUCGCUGGGUGUAGUAAACACUGAGAGCUUGACACAUGUGCUCGUAAUGUUCCCGGUGUUUUAAAUAUACUCAAGAGACAAUAACUUCCGUGUGGUAGUUAUACAAGUGACUGAAGACUUACACAUUUGUCCUGUUUUCACUGACGGAUAUUGUGUAUUUGUGUAAGAUCUUUGUUGAAGGUUCAGGGCUUAAAUUAAAUGUUGAACACGUAUGAUGACUCAGUGAAAACCCAAGUUAUUCUCACUGUGAUAUGGACCACGUGAGUGCCUGACUUAUACCCCCCACUCAGUUCUUAUCCUCAAGUACCACUCCAUUCCACCGCCUCGACUAUGGAGGAUUCCCCCACUGAGCGUCUGUCGCCUAUCUCGGCUUAUCUAAAGUUAUCACGGGAACCCAUACGCCGCCAUCACUCCCUUAAGUACAUCUUCAACGGGGAGUCGGUAGUUCAGGGAUUCCGGCCCGGCUCUCAUACCCCGCCCUCUGGCCUCCCUCAUCUCUGCGAUAGGACCCGUCACCACUCCCUCACCAGGCUGAAGGAUCUCACCGCCUCCGUCCUCCCCGCCAGGUCAGUCAGAUCCCGAGAGGUGGCAUUCACUGUACCCCCGACAGUCUCUCCUCUCUCCCCCCGUCGUGGCCUGGGGGAGUGUUCGCCCUUCCCCGAAGGAUGGGGUCGGGAGACACUACCCCCGUCGGGAGUACCGCAGGCAGUGAGUAUGGUGGGGACUCCAGGACCACCACCUCGCCAGGACCUUGUCGGGGAUCCUUCACUGAUAUUCCUACCAUGUCAGGAACACCACUAACCUCUCCAUCUCAUCCCCCUUCAGGAGCCACAUGUAACCUUGGCACCAUCAACCCUGAGCUCUACAAGACAGACGAACUGGAGGGAGAUUUGGACCAAUACCCGGAUGACCAUAUAGGGCGCGUGUGGCUACAGCUAGAGUACCACAGCGACGCCGAGAAGCUCCUCGUCACCCUCAUCAAGGCCAAGAAUCUCCCCAGCCGUCUCAUAGGUUCCAUCAACUCCUGCGACCCCUACGUCAGACUGUACUUGAUGCCAGAUGAACGACGUUACCUCCAAACCAAGAUAAGGAAGAAGACUUGUAACCCACGAUUCGACGAGACAUUUGGCUUCCAGAUCACGGCCAGGGAACUAGAAGACAGAGCUCUCAAGUUGACCUUUUAUGACGUGGACAGAGACAAGAAACACGUGGUCAUAGGUCAUGUCCUCUUCCUGCUCAAGGAGCUGUACCCGUGGGAGGGGAAGAGGAUGCUGCGUCGGGACUUGGAGAGAGAAGUCAGUUUAAGUCCUCGAGAGUUGGGUCAGGUAGAACUCUCUCUCUGCUACAACGAAAACCUGGAGAGGCUGACGGUCACUGUAGGGGACACCAAGCAACUCAAGGUCGACAAGGAACUUCGUCAGGAGAAGAAUGAGUUUCAGUCGAGGAUAGCCCUCUUGCAACAGACAAAGGUGAGUAAGACCAAGAAGACGGCGGUGGUGAAGGGGUCAGAUUCGCCCUCCUUCAACGAGAGCUUUCACUUCAAGGUUGCUUUGGAUGCCCUCGACACUACGGCCAUCAGUGUCAUAGUGACUGUAGGCAGGAAAGCAGAUAAGGUGGUGGGGCGCGUCCAGCUCGGGUCGUUCAUGUUUGCCCGCGGCCGAGCGCUUGAACACUGGAACCUGAUGUUGUCCAAGAAGCGACAAAACGUCAAGCAGUGGCAUACUCUCACCUAGGUCUCUCUCUCUCUCUUUCUAUUCUGUUUACUCCUACUCUUUCAUUUAUAUAUACAAGGUUUUAUAUAAAUUUUUUCAUCCAUUUCUCUAUCUAUCUAUCUGUUCCUCCUCUCCGUGUUUCUUUCCCAUCUCUCUGCCUCUCCCAAUCUCCCAGUCUGGAAAGUGGUGAGCAGCGCCACCUUCUGCUCUACCACAACACUCCAGCCAUCACCUGAUGCCUAUACGCCCACUAGCUGUAUUCCUCCGCCACCUGAAGCCAUGAUGAUGAUGAUGAUGACAGUCCUUCACCUCACCAAGAGUAGUGAUUUUACUGUGAAUAUUCUGUUUUUGCAAGUUUUUUGAGCUAACCUAACUUAACCAAAUGUAUCAUAACCUAGUCUAACCCAACAUAAUAUAACCUAACCUAAUCCAAUAUACUAUAACCUCGCCUAACCCUACAUAACCUAACUUAACCUUGCCUAACCUACAUUAACCCAUUAUAACUUAGCCUAACCUAAAUUAAUCCAACAUAUUAUAACCUAACCGUAAUGUAAUCUAGCCCAAAAUAACCCAAGCUAACAGAAAUAAUGUAACGUAAUAUAAGGUAACCCCCAAUAUUGUGAGUUUCUCCACACUAAUUCAACUCAAGAGGUCAUUUUCAACACUCACCAUUAUUUCGAGCUAUUACUUGUAUCAUUAUAUUGUCCAUCAUUCUAGUCACAUAAAACAUUUGUCAUAUAUUUACUGCCGAAGUGUUUUCUCCUGAUGAAUGGAUGUUUUAUAUACCAUACUGUAUAUAUAUAUAUAUAUAUAUAUAUAUAUAUAUAUAUAUAUAUAUAUAUAUAUAUAUAUAUAUAUAUAUAUAUAUAUAUAUAUAUAUAUAUAUAUAUA